AUGUCUCGAAGCAUCAUCAUCAACACCAGCAUGCCCACCGAGGUGGAACUCAACACGCCCCUCUUCGCCCACGAGUGUCUCUCGGGGGGCCGUGCCACCGCCGACGACCGCCUUGACCGCCCCUUGCGCGACGACGAGCCGCUGCACCCGCCGCACGAGUCGAUGCUGCGCGUGCUGCGGUCGAGGGCGCGCCGCCACUCGCCGCCCGUGCUGUGGGAGGACUCCAACGAGGAGGCCGCCGCGGCUGCGAACCUGAGCCUGCUGCCGGGCGCGGCGUCGAGGAGCAGCCCCUGCCGGAAGGGGGAGCGCGUUGCCGGCAACAGCGCCGCGAGGGCGGGCGAGUCGCUCGAGGAUGUCGAGGGCCUCGCCGGCCCGGGGAGCAUGAUGCCGAUCCACAAGAACGCCAUCAGCUGCGCCUUGUCGUCGAUGGCGCCCAAAAAGCCGUGA